AUGGGACAAAUAUACAACAUCCUAUUGGCCAUGUUCGCGGCUACAGGGUCGUUCCUGUUUGGGUACGAUUCAGGAGUGAUGACCGACGUAAUCGCGUCUCCCAAUUUCCUGGCCUUCUUCAACACGACCAACACGAGUCCAAUCAUCGGUGCUAUCAACUCUACGUUCUCUGGUGGUGCGGUCUUUGGCUCGCUCAUGGGCGGCUUCACCAUGGAUCGUCUCGGGCGCAAGAGGACUAUCCAGAUUGGUGCGGUCAUUGCUGCUGUCGGAGGUAUCUUGCAGUGUGCUUCGUACAAUCUGGCCAUGAUGUUGGUUGGACGCAUCGUCUCCGGCUGGGCUAUCGGCCUCAUGUCCAUGUCGAUUCCUGUCUAUCAAGCCGAGUGUGCCCAUCCUAGGAUUAGAGGUCUUAUAGUAGGUCUAACGCAGCAGAUGAUCGGAGUCGGCUUCAUUGUUAGUACUUGGAUCGGAUUCGGCUGCCAUCAUGCAGCGGCCUCCAGCUCCUUGCAAUGGCGCUUUCCACUCGCAUUCCAGGUCUUGCCCGCGAUCCUCCUGGUCAUUGGUCUGGUCUGGCUGCCAGAAUCGCCAAGAUGGCUUAUCGAACGUGAUCGCGACGACGACGGCCUAAAGAUCCUGCGCAGAUUGCACUUCGACGGCAGCAAUGAAGACUGGAUCCACACAGAGUACAAUGAGAUUCGCGCCACCAUUGCAGCCGAGAAAGCCAUCACCGCACCAGGUUGGCUUGUGAUGUUCAAAGUACCGCAAUGGCGAAGACGACUAGGCCUGGCCACACUGAUCCAAGUAUUCACUCAACUGACUGGUAUCAAUGUAAUUGGCUACUAUCAGACGGUCAUGUACGAUGCUCUUGGAAUCACAGGAGGUCGAAAUGUCCUGGUAGCCGGGAUCUACAACUGCGUCGGCCCAAUCGCAAACGCGAUCUUCAUCUUCUUCAUCCUUGACAAAGUCGGACGACGGAAGCCACUUCUGUUCGGCGCAGCUGGUAUCACCAUCGCGCUGAUAUGCGAAGCUGCUCUCAACUCGCAGAAUCCAGAUGGUACGAAACACGGUCUUUCGAUUGGCGGCGUCUUUUUCAUCUUUCUGGUCUCGGUGAUCUUCUCGCUGUCCUUCGGCCCUAUCUCUUGGCUAUAUAUGAGUGAAGUACUGCCCAUGCAAAUCCGUGGACGAGGUUCAGCGUUCGCCACCGGUAUUGGCAAUUGGCUGGUCUCCACUUUCUUCGCACAAGUUAGUCCGAUUGCGCUAGGCUCCAUCACGUGGAAGUAUUAUUUCGUGUUCGUCGCCUGGAACAUCAUCGUCACCAUCCCCACGAUCUUCUUCUUCUUCAAGGAGACGAACCAAAAGACUCUUGAGGAAAUUGAUCUCUUGUUCGGCGAACGUGCUCUCGGAACAUUACCCAAGGAUAUCGAAGACAAGGACGUCGAAGAGGCGGUCAGAAAUCAGAGCAUAGCAGAGGAGAAAGGUCGUGGUACUGUGCAGCGAGAAGUGGCACAUGAGGCUUGA